AUGGCUAAGCAAUUCUCCCGCCUCAGUCCAUCAACCCUCAACCACCUCAUCCAAGAAAAAAACCUCCACCAACUCUCACAACUCAACGGAGCUCGCGGCAUCGCCGCAUCGCUCAAAACAGACCCCCUCGUCGGAAUCACCGGCGACGAAGAAGACCUUGCCGCCAGAAAACAAGCCUUCGGCACAAACACCUAUCCAUCUCCUCCCACAACGUCCUUCCUCCAUUUCAUACUCAAAGCUUUCAAGGAUCGGAAGUUGAUGAUACUAGGCCUACUAGCACUUGCCGCUCUCUCUCUAGGCUUUGGGAUCAAAGAUCACGGCCCCAAAGAAGGUUGGUACGAUGGAGGUAUCAUAUUCAUGUCCGUCAUCCUCGUCCUCCACGUCUCCGCCUUGAGAAACAUCAUACAGUGCAGACUUUGGGACAAGCUCAACAAAGCAAGCGGCAGCACUUUAGUUGAGGUUGUAAGAAACAGCACAAGGAAAGAGGUCUCAAUCUACGACGUCGUUGUAGGAGACAUCGUAUGCUUGAAGAUCGGAGAUCAAGUCCCCACAGACGGCCUCUUCAUGGACGGGCACUCCCUGCGACUGGAUGAAUCCAGCAGGACUGGGAAGAGUGACCACGUGGAGGUCGACAGCACAUCCAAUCCCUUCCUAUUCUCCGGCACCCUGGUGGCUGACGGCUAUGGAAAGAUGUUGGUCACGAGUGUCGGGAUGAAAACUCCGAUGAGCCAUGAUACAGACCAGGAGGCACCGCUACAGAUCAGCCUCAACAAGAUCACUACCUCAAUAGAAAAGCUCGGUUCAGCUUUGGCUUCUCUGGCUUAUGUCGUGUUGCUGAUUCGAUACUUCACCGGGAAUGCUGAAGAUGCGAAUGAUGGUACAAGGGCUAAACCAGAUGACGCGAUCAACUUUGUCGGAAGAAUUAUUUCAGCAGUUGUGAACAUUGUUCUGCUUGCUAUACUUCGGGGUUUGCCUCUUGCUGUCACUCUCAAUCUUUUGUAUUCUAUGAAGAGGAUGAUGGCUGAUCGAUCCAUGGUGAGGAACCUGUCCGCUUGCGAUACCAUGUGUUCUGUUACUACCAUCUGCACGGACAAGACAGGUACACUAACUAUGAAUAAAAUGAAGGUGAAAAAGUUUUGCUUAGGGAAGGAGUGUUUUGAAGAGGGCAUGAAUAUUGGGAGGUGUGUUGUUGAGCUGCUUCGUGAGGGGGUCGGCCUCAACACGACGGGUGCUGUUUACACGUCCGGGGAAGGGCUCGUCGAGUUCUCUGGUAGCCCGACUGAGAAGGCUAUCCUGUCGUGGGCUGUGGCGGAGAUGGGGAUGGAUAUGGAGGAGGUGAAGAGGGGUUGUGAGAUUCUUCAUGUGGAGGCAUUCAACUCUGAGAAGAAGAGGAGUGGUGUUUUGAUGAAGAGAGAUCAUGAAUUUCAUGUGCACUGGAAAGGAGCUGCUGAGAUGAUCCUUGCAAUGUGCUCACACUACUAUGAUUUGGAAGGUAACAAAAAAGAUUUUAAUGAUGAAGAAAGAUUGCAAUUUAAUCGUAUUAUUCAAGGAAUGGCUGCUUCCAGACUUAGAUGCAUUGCAUUUGCACAUAAACAGCUCUCUCAUUCCAAGUGUGACGAGGUGAAGAAAAUUCAAGAAGAUGCCAUGGUUCUACUAGGCUUAGUUGGGCUACAAGAUCCAUGCCGGCCUGAUGUCAAGCAGGCAGUGGAAGAUUGCCAUAAUGCAGGUGUGGAUGUGAAGAUGAUCACCGGCGACAACGUGUUCACAGCCAAGGCUGUAGCCACAGAGUGUGGUAUACUCCAUCCAGGCCAAGAUCAAGAUGGAUGUGUUGUUGAAGGAGUUGAGUUCCGCAGCUACACGCACGAGGAGCGGAUGGAGAAAGUCAAGGCCAUUCGUGUGAUGGCCCGAUCCUCCCCAAUGGACAAGCUCCUCAUGGUGCAGUGCUUGAAAAUGAAAGGUCAUGUAGUGGCAGUCACAGGACACGGCACAAACGAUGCACCGGUGCUGAAAGAGGCCGACAUAGGCCUAUCCAUGGGGAUCCAAGCUACAGCGGUGGCCAAAGAGAGUUCUGGUAUAGUAAUCAUGGAUGAUAACUUCGCGUCCGUGGUUAAAGCCUUGAAAUGGUGUAGAUGGGCCUACAUCAACACACAGAAGUUCAUUCAGUUUCAGCUGACAGCGCAUAUUGCAGCGCUGAUCUUCGACACUGUGGCAGUGGUCUCGUCCGGGAUGCUGCCACUGAGGGCAUUGCAGGUGUUGUGGGUGAAUAUGGUGAUGAACACGCUCUGGGUGAUGGCUCUUGCCACGGAGAAGCCAACGAAGGAUCAGCUAAUGGAGAGACGGGCUGUGGGGCGGGAUGAGCCGUUGAUCAGUAAUGCGAUGUGGAGGAAUCUGAUGGCCCAGGCUGUGUACCAGAUUGUGGUGUUGUUGGUGCUGCAGUUUGGAGGGGAGGGUCUGUUUGGGGUAAGUGAAAAGGUGAAGAAUACUUUGAUAUUUACUGCUUUUGUGAUGUGUCAGGUGUUUAAUGAGUUCAAUGCGAGGAAGCUUGAGAAGAGGAAUGUGUUUGAGGGGUUGCAUAAGAACAAGUUGUUUAUGGGUAUUGUGGGAGUGACUGUGCUUCUUCAUGUGGUGUUGUUGGAGUUGUUGUACAAGUUUGGUGAUAAAGAGAGGCUGAGUUUGGGGGAGUGGGGGAUUUGUGUUGGGAUUGGAGCACUUUCAUGGCCUCUUGCUUGGCUUGUGAAGCUUAUACCAGUUCCUCAAAGGCCAUUUUUAAGUUAUGUUGGUUUCUAA